AUGAGGUCAUCAUCCUUCAAAAUGAGGUCAUUAUCCUCUAACAGGCACCACAUCAGGGGUACCAGAUUGAAGGGGGCCGACAGAGAUUUUGAAGUCCAAAGUGGUAGAAAGUUUCAUCUCAGUAAGUUGAGUUGCAUCGUUACUGUGUUCGACUGCAAAGUGAUCCUACUCUUGAAGAUAACUGAAAGUGUGUUUAAACCGCUGAAGCAAGGAUUGCAGGCUUUCAACAGACAUAAUCAUAGUGAGAGAGACCAAAGUGGUAGAAAGUUUCAUCUCAGUAAGUUGAGUUGCAUCGUUACUGUGUUCGACUGCAAAGUGAUCCUACUCUUGAAGAUAACUGAAAGUGUGUUUAAACCGCUGAAGCAAGGAUUGCAGGCUUUCAACAGACAUAAUCAUAGUGAGAGAGAGUGA